UAUUUUUGUACUGUACUGUACACGGUCUUCUCUAUCACAUGACAAUAUAUGCAGGGUUUAUAAAUAGAAAUAGGACUCCGAUCAUCAAGAUGGACGCAACACGAAUUUGGUCGGCUGUAUUUGGUCUACUGGCAUUUUUCUGUCAGACAAUUUCUGGGUUUACGACGUGUUGGAGCGAUUUCAAUGUCAGAUAUUACUGUUCCAAUGAUCAAUAUUGCUGCGGCAAUAUGGAGUGUUGCACACAUUACUACGUGUACCAGUUGUGGUGGUUCUGGUUCAUCUGGGUUAUCAUUUUCCUGCUCAUUGUAAGUUGCAUCAUCGGGUUGCGCAGGCGCAGAAACCGUCUGCAGUACAUUAGGGUAGCUCAGCCAGUCUAUGGAACUUCUGCUGCGACAACCGCAACAACGGCCUACCCACCAGCUGGUGCUUAUCAACAACCCCCACCCACUGCACCGGCGUACCCACCCCAAUACUCACAGAAACCACCACCAUACCAGUAAUAACACAAUCAAGGAAAAAGGUCGAAUUUUUUUGUUGGGAUGUGGAUUUUUUUUAAAGUUGUAUAAUGUAUAAAUGGGGUAUUAAAAUACAAAGUUAUCAAAUACUGAAUAUUUACGUGAACAUUGUAUUUUAAGAGAUAGAUAGAGAGAGAGAGGAAUGUUUCUUCCUCUGUUGUUUGGAAAAUCUGUUUCGAAAGUCCCGAUGUUACUAUGUUCUUGUUUGCUUUUUUGUUUACAAACGUUGAAAAAAUGCCAUAAUCUUGUCAAACAUAUAUAUGUCAAUGUAUGUGAUCUAUGUUAUCAUUUGUCGUAUUCUACUAUCAUGAAAAUUGUGCAAUAUUUAAUAUAGGUUAUAUUGCCUAAGUUUUAAAAUUAUUGUAGACAUUAAUUCCUUCUAUUGAAAAGAGAUAUAUAUACAAAGAAUUUUGUGACCUUUUGAGUAGGUUUUUCCCCACAGGCACAGGAGGGUUUUUUUGCGCCUGGAGUAUCUCUGUGUCUAACAGAUAACUUGCAGUUGUAAUAUUUUCUGAAUUUUUUUUUUUUUGUACAUAAAAGUAUAUUUCAAAUUCUUCAUUAAAUAAAACAAAACCA